CUUAAUGGUUCCCACAAUUUGCGUCAGUCACAAGUUGGGAAGAACACAUCGGGAUUGAGUGAUUAUUGCGUCUAGAUUUUCUUGAGAAAUCAUUAGGAAUUUAAAAUCAAAUUAAGGACAUCAAUGUUCAGAUAGCACAACUAUUCCUAGGCCAUUAAGGAACUACAUCUCAUGAAAAUGCCAAUGAAAAAAUCCUUGCCCCUCAGCGAGAGCUCCGAUGAUUCAGACGCCCAUUCGCACAAGGAAAAGCGCCAGAAGAUGAGCAAAGAUGGUGACGAGUACAUGGCAAGGAGGGAAAGGAACAACAUUGCCGUGAGGAAGAGUCGAGAAAAGAGCCGGGCCAAAGCGAAGGAAACUGUCGAACAGGUUAACAAGCUGAGAAGAGAGAAUGAAAUGUUAGAGCAGAAGGUCACCAUACUGUCGAAAGAGCUCAGUGUGCUGAAGGAUCUGUUUCUGGCCCAUGCCGGCAAUGUUACAGAGAUUGGCAGCCAUCCAUCACCACCUGCAACCACGGUCACUAUCCAGGUGUCUUCAUCUCCUCAUGAUCAUCAAUACUCCUCCCUGAAGCCUGGCAACUGACUCGCGGACUUCCUCGAGUCAUUUCACAUCACUGACUUCAUUCUGAGACAUUGCUUUAUACAUAUUGUGUUUUUCGUGUACAUUGUGAUGCAGAUACAUCAUUGGAACAUUUUUAAUGCCUGUUUUAGCAGCUAUGGACUGAAUACUAUUAAGUUUAAGUCCUGACCCAUAUUUUAUUCAUAAUUUGUUCCAGAAUCAACUAAACAUUGUUCUUGAGAACGUCUCAGUAUAUGAACCACUAUAUUACUUGUGGUUUUAAGUAUUUUUAUAGAAUUAUGAAAAAUAUUAUAUUGAUAUAAGCGAGGGCAAAUUUUGUUGUGUCUUUGGUAUUGUUAUAUGAUAAUAAAUGUUGAAACAACUUA